AUGGGCAAGAAAGUUGAUGGUGCAUAUUCAAAUUCAUUUCAAGCGAUUGGUGAUGGAUAUGCUAAAGACAAUAUCAAUGUAUUUUAUAUGGGUAAAAAAGUUGAUGGUGUAUAUUCAAAUUCAUUUCAAUUGGUUGGUAACGGAUACGCUAAGGAUAAUUUCAACGUAUUUUAUGUGGGAAAGAAAAUUGCGAAUGCAUAUGCAAAUUCAUUUAAAUAUUUUGGUAAUGGAUAUGCUACGGAUAACUCUGGUGUUUUUUACAUGGGUGUAAAAAUCGACGGUGCAUAUCCAUCAUCAUUCCGAUUCAUUAGUAGUGAUUAUAUUAAUGACUACGGUGAUGCUUAUUGCAUGGGGAAAUAA